AUGAUUGAAGGUGUCUGUCCGAUGGGCGCGGCCCGAUCGAAACCACUCAUCCCCCGGUCUUCGCGCAUGAUGGCAUUGAGGAAGUUCAAGAACUUUGGACGUGAUUUAACGGACACACGACCCAAUACCAACAGCGCCCAACCCGCCAAAACUUCGAAGGGAACUGCACCGAUUCUCAGACUUCCAAAUGAUACUGAAAAUACAGUCAGAAAAGUUGGGGAAGCCUAUCUGGCCUCGGGAGAUACCGACCAGUUGCGCGUGAAAA